AUGUCUCAGAAAGUUAGAGUGGAACCUCACCACAUUUUUACUUUGCACCGAGAAGCAAGAAACAGUUUGUUUUUUUCUGAUGAGCAAACCAUCGUUUUCCCAAGUGGAAACAAUUGCGUGCAUUACAACAUCCAUCUACAGCGAACGACUGAGUACAUUCGAGGUACAUUGCCAUACCAACAGUACAUACAGUCACUGGCUAUUAGCCCUGACCGGCGCUACAUGGCUGUGUCGGAGUGCAAAAAACAAGGUAUCAUCACCGUCCAUGACUUACAGGAAAAACAGUGCUUCGAGAGCAAGGUACUGACAGGCGGUAGCAUCAGUGUCCGUGAGUUUGUCUGCAUGGCUUUUUCUUCUGAUUCCAAGUACCUGCUGGGCCAGUCUGGAGGACCUGAAUGGACCCUCUUCUACUGGGAGUGGAAGAUGAAUGAGGUCAUUGCCACGGCGAAGAUCACAAGGAUGGGCUUUGUCAGUCAGGUCAGCUUUAAUCCAAAGGACAACACACAGGUGUGUGUGAGUGGAAAAAAUGUCUUCAAGAUUUACAAAUUGGAGAACAAUUCCCUGAAUGAGACCAGCUCAUUUCGCAUGGACCUAGAAAACAUCGUGUCCCAUGCGUGGAUGUCUGAGGAUUGCAUUGUCUCAGGGACAGAAUCAGGAAAACUGCUGAUGUUGAAGGCUGGACACUGGAAACAGCUGAGGAGGCCUUCUACGAGGCGUAUCACUGCCAUCAUGCCAUACUCUAAAGGCUUUGCCUGUGCAGCUGGGGCAGGGUUAGUUUAUCUUUAUGAGAAAAAUGAGGAGCAUGACUACAUUAAUACCAAAGAAAUAAGCAUUCUUCAGGACCCUUACAACAAUCAGCCAAGUCGGUUGGAGCAGCAGGAGAUUACAUCAAUGUGCCUGAGUCCAUCAGAGGAGAGGCUGGUCAUAAGCACACGCCAAGGCCAAAUCUACCACAUCAGCCUUGCCUCAAUCAAGAGUAGCCAGAGUAAGCAGGCCAACUUUGAGUUCCUGUCUCAGUUUGUUUACUUGGAGAGUAUCACAGAUCUGUCCACCUGCUCAUCCAAACCCCUCUUCGCCACCUGCUCAUCAGACAACUCAGUGUGCAUCUGGAACUACAUGACCAAUUCUCUGGAGCUGUAUAAGGAGUUUCCUGAAAUACUGAACUGCAUCUCAUUGCACCCAAAUGGCCGUUCCAUACUGCUGGGCUUCUCUGAUAAAGUCUGCCUCAUGAAUCUAUUGGGUGAUGAAUUCCGUAUUGUCAAGGAGUUCAACAUAUGCAACUGCACUGAGUGUGUGUUUAGCCAUGAUGGCAACGUCUUCGCCACUGUCAGCAACAACCUGAUCAACAUUUGCAACAUCAGAACAGGCGAAAUAUUGGAACUGCAUGGCAACAUGAGCGAGGUGCUGUCUGUGAAGUGGAGUGAAGAUGACCGUAGUCUGAUGUCAUGUGCAUUGGAUGGUUUUGUGUAUGUGUGGAACACUCUGACCGGAGCCUGCAAGUCUCAGAACAUGCAGGAAACGCAUAUCUUCACGGAUGUGAUAUUCUCGCCCAACACUGGGACCAUCUUUGGUGUAGCCAGCAGUUUCAUAUUAAAUGAGUUCCGAGAUGGACAGAUCCUAUGGGAAAUAUUCUCAGGUGACAUGGCCUACACAGCUAUCUCCAUGACUCAUUCCUGCCAAGCAAUCUUCUUUGGAACUGCUAUUGGUACUGUCCGAGUCCUACAGUACCCGUUAGAAGAGGAGAAAUCCUUGACAGAGUAUGAGGCACAUUCUGGUCCCAUCACCAAAAUGGUCGUCACACCUGAUGAUCAGUAUCUGCUGACUGCCUCAGAAGACGGCUCCCUGCUCAUCUGGACGAUCACUGACCAGAAGGGAUGCAAGUUGAGCAUGGUGAAAGAAACAAGUUAUCUUGAGGAGGUACUCUGUUUCACUGCAUUUGUCAUACAGGAGGAGCAGGAGGAGAUCAAUAAACUCAAGCAGGAGGAGCAGGAGAAGUUUAACAAAGUCACGCAGGAGGAGCAGGAGAAGAUUCAUAAACCCAAGCAGGAGGAGCAGGAGAAGUUUAACAAAGUCAUGCAGGAGGAGCAGGAGAAGAUCAAUAAACUCAAGCAGGAGGAGCAGGAGAAGUUUAACAAAGUCACGCAGGAGGAGCAGGAGAAGAUUCAUAAACCCAAGCAGGAGGAGCAGGAGAAGUUUAACAAAGUCAUGCAGGAGGAGCAGGAGAAGAUCAAUAAACUCAAGCAGGAGGAGCAGGAGAAGUUUAACAAAGUCACGCAGGAGGAGCAGGAGAAGAUUCAUAAACCCAAGCAGGAGGAGCAGGAGAAGUUUAACAAAGUCAUGCAGGAGGAGCAGGAGAAGAUCAAUAAACUUGAGCAGGAGAAGAUUAACAAAGUCAUGCGGGAGAACCAGGAGAAGAUUCACAAAGUCAAGCAGGAGGAGCAGGAAAAGUUUAACAAAGUCAAGCAGGAGGAGCAGGAGAAGUUUCACAAAGUCAUGCAGGAGGAGCAGGAGAAGUUUCACAAAGUCAUGCAGGACGAGCAGGAGAAGAUUCAUAAACUGAAGCAGGAGAAGUUUAACAAAGUCAUGCAGGAGGAGCAGGAGAAGAUCAAUAAACUCGAGCAGGCGAAGAUUAACAAAGUCAUGCGGGAGAACCAGGAGAAGAUUCACAAAGUCAAGAAGGAGGAGCAGGAGAACAUUAACAGAUUCAAGCAGGAGAACCAGGAGAAGAUUAACAAAGUCAGGCAGGAGGAGUGGGAGAAGUUAAUCAAAUGCAAGCAGGAGAAGAUUCACAGUUUCAAGCAGGAAGAGCAGGAGAAGAUUAACAAACUUAGGCAGAAUUACAUCCAGCAGAUAGAAGAUCUGAGUAACCAAAUCCAGGUUGGAACUUGA